CUUCGCUGAAUUGAGAGUCUGAGUUAAGACAAACGUACUCCUUACUCCAUUUCAAAUACGCAUUGACUUUAUCCAGCUGGAGCACAGCCUGGGACGUGGAGGGGGCUCUGUGGGGCCUUCCAAAAUAGAUAAACGUAGUAACUAAGAGACCUCUCGCGAACCCAUCAGCGUCUCCAGGCCCCUGUUGAAACCCAAUAACUCGUGCUCCUGUCUCUGCCCGUCCUCUCUCGUCAGUCAUCUCUGGUUUGAGGGAAGAUACCCUGCCUCUCCGGGGAUAACUACCGUCUGGAUAUAGACACCAAGAAUUCCUCAGGAGGAAAGGGGAAGUGAGAGCCCCAGAGAUCAACUCAAGUCCAGCUCGGGGGGCUGUGCAGAGACAGAACAACCCUCCAGAGUAGGCAUAUCUACCAUUCGCAGAUGGGGACAAAGAGAUCCUGCAUAACUGACUGACAGGAAACUAGGCUCAUAGGUCUGACAUCAUCACCAUAAACCAGCACUUGGAUAAUGCAGCCUAUCAGAGCCCCUGGUACUUGUCCAGAAAAAUUCAACCCCAAAGUAAAGAUUUCUAUGGAGGAAAAUGGUAAUGCACAAACAGGUUCUGGUGGGUCCUUCCGCUCAGGCGGAGAGAAGUGCUUCCGGGUCGCUGCCGGCAGCCUCCUCCCGGCGCGUCUAGGAGCCAUGUCCACCUUGUUUCCCUCACUCUUUCCCCGUGUGACUGAGACUCUGUGGUUUAAUCUGGAUCGACCUUGUGUGGAAGAGACAGAGCUACAGCAGCAAGAACAGCAGCAUCAGGCCUGGCUCCAGAGCAUUGCAGAGAAAGACAACAACCUGGUUCCUAUUGGCAAGCCAGCUUCAGAGCACUAUGAUGAUGAGGAAGAGGAAGAUGAAGAUGAUGAUGAGGAUAGUGAAGAGGACUCAGAGGAUGAUGAGGACAUGCAGGACAUGGACGAGAUGAAUGACUACAAUGAGUCGCCUGAUGAUGGAGAGGUCAAUGAGCCUCCUCUCCAGGUGGACAUGGAAGGCAACGAACAGGAUCAGGACCAGUGGAUGAUCUAAGUAGACAAGGCAUGGUGGUCUCAGGGAGAUUCCAGGCCAAUGCAACCUACCUGUAACCCCUGCAGAACCAGCUGAUCACCCCAGUGCCUGAAAGCUUACCCUCAGGCACCUCCUCAGCUGCUGCAAGGACCUGGUCUCCUUGGUCCCUCCCAGGCCAUCAGCCUGCCCUUGAAUCCCAGGAGCCUGAGCCCACCCCACCUUUCUGGCCAGUACCUCACCUUUUGGUUGCCAGGUGUAGUCUCUUUCUAACUCUCUUUAAUAAAGACACAGGACUGAUUUUUCCCCCCA